AUGGUGGACACCAAUCCUCAUCACGACGACUCCUCCAGAGGAUACAAUGCCUCCUCUGACCAGACACCUACAAUCCACGAGCCUUCUGAAGAUUCGUCGACCCCAGGGUCACAGCACGACGACCAUGAGCCAGGCAGUGCUCACUCAUCCUCUCCCCAGCAUCAACACUCCUCCUACUACCCUCAAAAUGUGAACCAACACUCGCGCGGAUUUGACCAGUCUGGUUUCCCGCUGACUAGCGACCCUCGAGUCGUCGUCGCCAAUUCUCCUCCCUCCCCGCGCUUGCAACCCACAUAUCGCUCGACCAGGUCACUAGGCGCGUCAGAAGCCAGCUCUCCUAGUCGGAUAAAAGUGAGAGACUUGUCACAUAUCCGCAGUCUUGCGAGUGAAGAAUAUUUGAAUCGACCCCGUCUGUCGGGACGCCCUUCCAGCUCCUUUUCGGACACGGGAAGGCAAUAUGAAAUCAGUGCCAUGCCUGUGACAGACAUUAUCGAAAUGGUCGCAGGCCUUCUUACCAAGAUCACCACCACCAACGAUCGACAGCAUGAACAUCACCGCCCGAUCCCUCUCACAGAGGAACAGAGUCAUCUGAACCCACACGCUUCCUGUGUGCUAGCAUUUCACGGCAAGAACGUCCCCGGGAUAACGAUCCUAAGUUAUCUUAGUCGGAUACACAAGUAUUGUCCGACUACCUACGAGGUGUUCCUGAGUCUGCUGGUAUACUUUGAUCGCAUGACUGAGAUGGUCAACCGAGGCCUUUUGGGGGACGUCAACAAGCGACCUGACGAUUCCCCGGCUACAGCACCGGAGUCAUCUACGCCCACUCCGCGUUCACCGGUGCUCAUGAAUGUGGACAGUCCUCAAGAGCACCACGAUAUCAGCACACCGCCCUCUCCAUCGGACUCACGCCACCAAUCCCAGAUCCAGCAUCCCUCCUCACCUCAAUCCAGCAUUCCGACCGACCUGUCGCAAUUCUUCGUGGUUGAUAGUUACAACAUCCAUCGCCUUGUAAUUGCUGGUGUCACUUGCGCCAGUAAAUUCUUUUCUGAUGUAUUUUACACGAAUUCUCGAUAUGCAAAGGUGGGAGGACUUCCUCUGGCGGAACUGAACAACUUGGAGCUUCAAUUCCUCCUUCUCAACGACUUUAGACUUUCUGUCCCGGUGGAGGAGCUCGAAGCUUACGGUACCAUGCUGGUUGAGUUUUAUGCUCGGGAAUUGCUGGCCCAGCAACAGCUCGCUCAACAGCCGCAGCAGCACCAUCAAGCAGGCUCGGCUGUUCAUUCUCCUGCCGCUGGUGCAGGAGAUGGGAUGUACAUGCGCUCCCACGGAGAUGCGGUUGGGUCAACGCAGGAGUAA